ACACCAAACGGCAAAAUGUAUCUCAAAGCAAUCGUGUUCUUUGCUCUCGUCGCGGUAGCAAUCGCUGAGGGGCCUCGAGUCGGUCUCCGGAUACCGCAGAUCUUGCCGCCUUUUCUUCGCUCAUAUUCGCCUUAGGUGGUCGGAGGUAAAGAAGCUCCGGAAGGAGGUUACCCGUACAUAGUUUCCCUUCAAGUGUCCUCCCAACAUUUUUGCGCUGGGUCCAUCUUGAACGACCGAUGGAUUGUAACUGCAGGACAUUGCGUUAAAGCAGUUUCUUCUGCUAACCUUAUUACCGUUAAAGCUGGCAAGCAUAAUAUUAAUACUUGGGAAAACACUGAACAAGCAAUCCGAGUGGUACGAGGUAUUGUACAUGAAAAUUAUAAAGGUGGCGUUGGCCCAUAUGACAUUGGUUUACUUCAGCUUGCGUCUCCAUUGAAGUUUAAUGAUAGAGUAAAGCCCGUCAAAUUGGCAGCACGAGGAAGUGACCCAAUCUCAGAUGAAAAGGGACUGCUUGCUGGAUGGGGCUCCAUUUCAUCUACUAGUAACCCAGUAUAUCCUGCUAAACUUCAGAAUGUUGACGUGGUUUUCGUGGAUCGUACUACUUGCCACGAUGCCGUCUUGCGUUUGACCGGAUCUUCUCCCGUUCACGAAACCAAUGUCUGCUCUGGUCCAUUGACAGGUGGCAUCUCCGCAUGCUACGGUGACUCCGGUGGUCCUCUACUCUCUCUGCGUGUAGGACAAGGACCGGAGCUCACUGGAAUAGCAUCUUGGGUUGUUGUUCCAUGCGGCACUAAAGGUGCGCCAUCCGUAUAUACCAGGGUAUCCGUGUUCAUCGAUUGGAUUAAUCAGAAAACCGGUAAUAAUUAAUAUGGCAAUAUUAAUAACGUAUUGUAAACUAAUGACAAUUUAUUAUAAUAUUCAAUAAAUAAAUAAGUAUGCAACAUAAGUAAA